AUGCUUCACGUUGUCAUUGUUGGUGCAGGCAUCGCUGGCCUUGCAGCCGCCGUGUCGCUACGACGAGCUGGCCACCGUGUCGAGCUCUACGAACAAUCGUCCAUGAACAACGAGAUUGGCGCAGCAAUCACGAUUCCUCCAAACGCGAGCCGGAUAUUACUAGCAUGGGGCGUCCAACCAGAAGAUUGGGGCAUGGUAGUUUCCGAGGGCGGCAGCAGCUAUAAUCCUUUUACCAUGGAGAAGACUAUGGACUUUAUGAGCAAUGAGACUGCAAAAGAUACUGGGGGGACGCCUAUGUAUCUUUCGCAUCGAGUUGACUUGCAUAAUUGCCUAAAGUGGCUUGCGACUCGGGAGACGGGGCCAGGAACACCAGCGAAAAUACACCGGGCGAGCGGCGUCGCUGCGUUCGAUCCGGCGGUACCCUCUAUCACGUUCCGAGACGGACACACCAUACACGCCGACUUUAUUGUCGGCGCCGACGGCGUCCAUUCUCGCGCCGCGGAGGCGAUUCUACAGCACAGAGUCGAGGCUGUUGCGCCGCAGCACUCUAAUGUUUGCUAUAGAUUUUUAAUACCGGCGUCGACACUAGCGGAGGACCCGAAGACGAGGCAAUGGAACAUCACCGAUGUAUCCCGGGCACGGGUAUUUCCAGACAACCAUACGCAACGACGGCUGGUGACUUACGUUUGUCGCAAUAAAACGGUGCAUAACUUUGUUGGGCUCUUCUACGAUGAGUCGUUGAAACUAGACACGGAGGAUUGGCAGGCAUCUGUAGACGUUGAGGAAAUUGCCGACAGGUUCAAAGACUUCCACCCGGAUAUCGUUAAUGCUAUACGAAAGGCCGGUGACGUCAAACGAUGGCCUUUGCUAUAUAGACACCCUCUGAAGAAAUGGCAUAGGGAGAUGCUGGUUAUUGUGGGCGAUGCGGCGCAUCCUAUGUUACCGCACCAAGGACAGGGGGCCGCGCAGGGUAUCGAAGAUGGGCUGGUUUUGGGCAUCACCAUGCUCGGAGCGCAGUCAAGAAGUGACAUUGCGGAUCGAUUCAGCAUCUACCAAGACGUUCGCCAAAACAGGGCCAGCGUCAUUCAAAUUUUAAGCAACAUCGGGCAAGAUCAAGCGAAACAGUUGAAAAACGAGGUGUUGCCCUAUCUUGAGGAAGAUAAGAUCCCUACCAAUCCAGUGCAAAUUCAACAAUUUAACUUUGCGUACAAUGCCAUCGACGCCACGGUGGAAGCAAUGAGACGUCACGAACCUUCCUUCUCGCUGCCGGUCGACUUUUUCGACCACGAAAUCAUUGCAGUUCCAGCAAAAAAAGGCCCAGCGCCACUGCACAAGGCCAGCGCGCCGCUGCCACAUUGUGGGAGCGAGACGACGGGCGCUGGUCCCGCAGCCGUGGAGAUUUCAUGA